GUUUCCUAGUCUGUCAUAUGCAAAACGAAACGAAGGAUCGAUAACUUGACUGGAGGGCAUGAAAAAAAUCCAGUUUUCUACUCGAUUAAAAAAAAUUCUAUUACUUCAUGUCGCAAAUGGUAGCCAAAUCUAGUAUUAGCGCGUUAGCUUGAGGAUAAAGCUAAGAGUUUUAUCUAGUCUAUGUUUGUUUAGCUGCUGUUAUCACGUCUGCAGACUCCUGCUGUCCAAACACACACCGCCUUUGUGGCGAUGACUGCGGAUUUACUGUCUGAUCUGGACAGCCGAUUCUUCGCUGAUAACCUACUGACGAGCGAAGAUUGGGAUGCCUGCCUGUUCAAGUGCGAGAGCAUGGAGGAAGGAGAGGACGGGGACUUCAGUCAAGGCUUGAAAUACGAACCAUCGUUUGACAAUGACCUGGUGCUCACCCUCGAUCCUGAUAACCGCACGUCGCCAUGGCGAUACCUUGACGACAACCUUCUCACAGGAAACACUUCGGUGAUAAAAAAUGAGAUGACAUUGACGGAGCCGCUCCCUGUGGAAAUGUUGUUCCAGGUCAAGGCUGAGCCUCCCUCUCCUGCUUCCUCACUGGAGUCAGAUUGUUCGACCUCGUCUCCUGACCCACAGGUUACAAUUAAAGCCGAAAACCCUCCGACUCCUCCGUACAUGUAUGGAGACGUACUGUCUCCUCCGCUGGGGACGAUGGAGGUAACCGUGGCAACGACAGCAGUACCCCCACCCCAGUCCCAGAUUCCAAUAAUGACACAGACUCAGCUGCAGACACCAUUAACAUCUGUCCAAGCAGUCAUCAAUGGAAUACAGACACAAACUGCAGUCCUGCCAAGCACAUUAAAAGCCAGCACCAUUCUGAGCACCAAACCUCCCAUCCAGCCCCGACCGGUGUGUGUUGCUGCUACACUCCCUGUCCCCCAAAACCCUGCACCAGCGAAGACCCUCAUACUGCAGGGGCUGCCCUCCAUGGAUCAGAACAGACCUGUCGUCCUCUCUCCGUCCGUCUGUCUCAGUUCGGCUCCGGCUAUUGUCAAAAUGGAGCCCGUGUCCCCCAGCAUCCCUCCGCACUGCUCCAGCCCAGCUGCCUCCUCAACCAGCAAGCCCAUCGUCCCGGCGACCACGCCGUUACCCAGCAACAACUCCAACGAUAUUGAUAUGAAGGUGCUAAAGCGGCAACAGAGGAUGAUAAAGAACCGAGAGUCUGCCUGCCAGUCGAGAAAGAAAAAGAAGGAGUACCUGCAGAACCUGGAGGCUCAGCUGAGGGAAGCUCAGCAGGAGAACGAACGACUCCGCAGGGAGAACCAGGCGCUGAGGGAGAGACUGGCUGUGAAGGAGAGCAGCGACUCUGCAAGCAACAAGAGAGCAGUGUGUGUCAUGGCGGUUCUGCUGUUCAUCACCUUCAGCUUUGGCCCCGUCAGCAUCACAGACAGGAAGCUGUCGGCCGGUCUGCAGGAAGAUCUGGUGUCAUAUACGGGUCGCCGGCUGCUGGAGAUGGAACAGCAGCAGGAGCGUCAGGCUGAUCCUCAACCUCUCCAGAAAGUUGAGGACAAACCGGAGAAACCGGAGUCCGGUGGCGACGAGCGGUGGAAGGGAGGAGAGGCGGAGAGAUACGCUCCAGAGUCUUAUCAGUUCCGAAACCUGAGUGACAUGUUCAGUGACAUGAAGGAUCUGGUUCUGCCAGACAUCGAACGUUACUUCACUUCCUCAGACUGCCGACAGUUCAACCGCUCCGAGUCUCUCAGGCUUGCAGACGAGCUGAGAGGUUGGGUUCAUCGACAUCAAAUCGACAGGAAGAAGUCUGGAGGAAAAGCAAAGACGGCCAAAAAAGCAAAGAUCACCCAGAAAGCUCAACUGAGGAAGGCAAACAUUUCCAGAUAUCUGCCGAUCCAGGCUCACCGCUCCAUAGAAAGUCAGCUGAGGGUACUUCCUGGUCCUGAGGUCACCUACAGCGACUUCCUGGAUGCCAUUGACCGCAGGGAAGACACGUUCUAUGUCGUGUCAUUCAGGAGGGACCACCUGUUACUUCCUGCCAUCAGCCACAACAAAACCAGCCGGCCUAAAAUGUCUCUGGUGAUGCCAGCCAUGUCUGUUAACGAGAGUCUCUACAACUCGUCUAAGGGCUACGAGAUGAUGAUGCAGGUCGACUGCGAGGUCAUGGACACUCGCAUCGUCCCCAUAAAGUCCUCUGCCGUCCCUCCGUCUCUUCGCGACCCCACCCCUCCUCCGCCCGCCUCCCAGCACGGUGCUCACCAUCACCACGGCAACAACACCUCCCUCAGAGGGCGCCACCAGCACCAUCCAUCGUCUUCAUCCCCCUCUCCAAGGCAGCCUCUGCCCGCCCGAACUCAAACACCCGAAUACUUGAUCAGCCAAUCAGAAGGCGUCUGAGGAGACACAGAGACGAGUCUGAUGGUUGAAGGUUGGUGACUCAGAUGAAGAAUCGAAGGAAAUCUUUUUAAAAUCUCUUCACUAAGCAAAAAAGGUUUCAGAGACGUUUAAAAUCCAACAAAACUGUGUUAAAUUCUGUGAGUUUAUCUAGCAUUUCAUCAGCGACGGGUACUGACAGGACCAAAUAAAAUACUGUCACAAUACACAGAUCUAUUGAAAGAGAAUCAAACUGAUCAGUUUCAGUUUUCUUUAGAGACUACUCGGUUAUUUCCCUUUGACAGUCAAAUCUUUAUCAAAUUUGACUCUUUAUCGGACUCUGUUCAGUUUGAUGGGGCCACAUUUUGAAGUUCUUGUGGACGUUGCAUAUUUAAACCCGUCAACUCUUUGGUCCUGCAGACAUGCUAAAGUCACUAAGAAAAUAAGUUAUUGCGAUAUAAUCUACAUGUUUAGAGGUUAUAUUCAGGUUUCAGGACAUGAAAUGUUUUCAGUGUCACGGAUUGAGUUUUUUUUAACGGUUUCAGGGUUUAAAACUUUCGUCUUGGGGGAUUCUAGGCAUAUAGAGACAUGAUGUACAUAUUUAUAUACAUUGUGAUCAAUAAAACUGCAGAAAUC